GUAGGUUGCUAUGAAAAAAACAGGCAGGUAUUGUGGGAAAUAAUGGUGGACGGACUAAAAAAUUUUGUAUUCCAUAGAACUUUCAAGGAUAUAACCUUAAAAACAAUCUAAAUUCAUCAAUUCAAGUGUUCACAGCUAGGAGAUUCGAGACAUUCUAUGAUGGGGCAUAAAGCAGAUGAGCGGCCAUYACAAUCGAGCUUAACAAGAUUACAGGCUUCUAGGAUAAUCGAAAAUGCCUGGUGUUCUUAUCGUGAUAGACAGAUGUUUAAACUCCUUAAAUUUGCUAUCUGCGCYGCUGAACAUUCAUUAACCUUUGAAGUGCUUAGAAAGGUUUCUCCACUUGAAGCUGAGCUUUUAAAAGACCCAGCUGUUCAAGCCAGAGUAAGGUUCAGGUUUGGAGGAGAAGAGUUUCCACCAAUUAUUUUAUUCAAGGUUUACAUUCAUACUGGAGGACAAGGAUUAAAGUAUAUUAGUGGAAAGAGAAUAAUAAAACCCUCCUCACAGGCUGCUUGUGAUUCCUUACAGCUUAUGGGAAACAGAAAAUUCUAUGACCAGCUAACGGCUGAUUUGUGCCAGCAUGAAAAGGACAAAAUAACAGAUGAAAUUGAUAUCACAACUAUGAAAGAUUACAUGAAGUAUCUUUGUCAUCUUGAUGAAACACCAGCUGAAGUGGGAGGAAAAUCAAAUUUAUGGAGGAGACUGACAUUAGAUGUUAUUCCAAGACAAAACAUAGUACAUGACAUAUUUAGUUUUGUGACAUCUGGAGUGGCAACCCCACGUCUAGCAGAAGAAUAUCCAGACUUGUUGACCAUUUACCCAGUAACACAGGCUGUACAAGUUGCUAGAAUACAAGCAAUACCACACUACAGCAGACAAAAAAGGAACAUAGACUUGACUGGUAGUCAAGCUACAGCCAGAAGGUCAAGGAAAGCAAAGGAAAGAGUAGAAAAAAUGAGAAAGAUGUAUGGAAUGGAGAGUCCAUAUAAACAGGAUGGUAAUGAUUUGCGUGCACCCAGAAGUACUCCAGAUCUAGCAAAGGGAGUCAAGGAUGAUGAUUUAUUUGAAAGUGAUGAUUGGGAAGAGGAAGGAGACAAAUUGUAUGAAUGGGCACAGAAUUUAUCAAUGGACGAAUUAGGGGUUACUUCUCCAUAAAAUYUCUUUUGAUAGAUUAAAAUAUCUGUAAAUACAAUAAGUUGUACAUCAACAUAARAUAAGUUAUUGUACAAUUAUGUGACAACUUGUACAUUAAAUAAAUGUAGCAUUUUUGCUUAGGUCAGUAAAAUUAUAAUGUAGAUAUAUAAGAAUGCUUGUAGCAAAUUUUAAGAAAAUAAAGAUAUAUUAAAGAGAAGUGGUUUUCAGCAUAUAUAGUAAACUGAAAUGUUUUUGUGUUYAUUUGACCAAUAAGGGUACCUGUAAUAGUUCACUGAACUAAAUAUAAAUAAAGGUAGUUUGUGUACA